AUGCAGCUCCGGGUGCAUGUAGCUGGCAGGCAGGAAGGCUUGCACUCCGUUGAGGGAGAGCUGGAGGAAUGGGGGGGAGAGAGCGGAGGGGAGAAAGGGAGGAAGAGGAGAGUGGGAGUGAGAGCUGAAGAUGGGAGAGAGGAGGGGGGGGUGGGCGGGAGAAUGGGAGGGAGAAGGUGGGCGGGUGAUUGGGAGAGAGACGCAAGGGUUGAAGCAAGGGUGGAAGCAAGGCUGACAGGAAAGCAGGCUGACAGGCAAGCAGGCAGCGGGCAAGCAGGCAGCGGGCAAGCAGGCAGCGGGCUAGCAGGCAGCGGGCUAGCAGGCAGAGGGCUAGCAGGCAGCGGGCUAGCAGGCAGCGGGCUAGCAGCUUACCACAAGGCCGCCAUGGUUGCAGGUGACAACCUUGGCCAUGACUGUUGUGCGCUCGCUCCCUCACUGCCUGAAGCAAGGUCUGGAACUAGGCCUGCAGCGAGACUCACAACAAAGCAGGCAGGCAAGCAGGCAGGCAAGCAGGCGGGCAGGCAGGCGGGCAAGCAGGCGGGCAAGCAGGCGGGCAAGCAGGCGGGCAAGCAGGCGGGCAAGCAGGCGGGCAAGCAGGCAGGAAAGCAGGCGGGCAAGCAGGCGGGCAAGCAGGCAGGCAAGCAGGCGGGCAAGCAGGCGGGCAAGAAGGCGGGCAAGCAGGCGGGCAAGCAGGCGGGCAAGCAGGCGGGCAAGCAGGCGGGCAAGCAGGCGGGCAAGCAGGCGGGCAAGCAGGCGGGCAAGCAGGCGGGCAAGCAGGCGGGCAAGCAGGCGGGCAAGCAGGCGGGCAAGCAGGCGGGCAAGCAGGCGGGCAAGCAGGCGGGCAAGCAGGCGGGCAAGCAGGCGGGCAAGCAGGCGGGCAAGCAGGCGGGCAAGCAGGCGGGCAAGCAGGCAGGCAAGCAGGCGGGCAAGCAGGCGGGCAAGCAGGCGGGCAAGCAGGCGGGCAAGCAGGCGGGCAAGCAGGCGGGCAAGCAGGCGGGCAAGCAGCUUACCACGAGGCCGCCGUGGUUGCAGGUGACGACCUUGGCUGGCACUGUUGUGCGCUCCUUCUCUGCCUGCUGA